AUGUCGGAGAAAAAGGCCCAUAUUAAGCGUCUCUGGAUUCAGCGACUUCGACAUGUGAGAGCAAAUUUGGUUGUAAAAGACCACACACGAGUUUGCAGUGUUCAUUUUGAGGGAACAUUUACUGAGGAAUCGAUUCCCACAAUUUUUCCAAGUAAACCCAAAAAGGAAACAAAAUCCCGAAGACCUCUUGUAAGAAAAAUUGAAAAUUCAUUUCAAAAUGAUGGUUCAGGGCAAAGUGAUACUGAAAAUCCACAAGAUAAUCCUGUGUCAAUGUACAAUGAUGUUGCAAUACAAACUGACCUCAAAUAUUUUUAUUCAAAAGAUGCGUACACAAAUACAGAAGAGCAUUGUGUACAUGUUUCAACUGCAACCCAGACGACUGGCAGCCCUUUGUCUACUGUUAAUGCUGAAGUUCAGGCAGAUUUGCCUAGGAUGACAUAUGAAGAUAUGAAAGAUGACGAUUCUAAAACAAGAUUUUAUACAGGUUUUGCAACUUUUCAAAUUUUUUGGAUGUUUUUUGCAGUGCUGAGGCAGAAACAUGGUGCAGAGAAACUCAAUUACUGGGAGGGAGAGACAAGGUCCAUGGGUGAGAAGUCGUAUCAUGAACCAGGGGUUAAAAAGCCUGGCAGAAAACGUUCCUUGAGACCAGUGGAUGAAUUCUUGAUGGUUUGCAUGAGACUUCGUUUAGGGCUGCUUCAGGAACACCUUGCUGAUAUUUUCAGGGUGUCCGAAACGACAGUAUCACGAGUAAUGAACACUUGGAUUAACUUCCUCUAUGAUCACUGCAAAUCCUUAAUAAAGUGGGUCUCCAGAGAGCAGAUUUUGUGUAACUUACCAAAGCUUUUUAGCAUGCACGCAGAUACUAGAAUUGUGCUUGAUUGCACAGAAUUUUUUAUUGAAAAACCGUCCUCUUUAAAGGCACAGUGGAUGACGUGGUCCGAAUACAAACAUUCAAACACUUUUAAAAUAUUGAUUGGUGUGUCACCAAGUGGUAUGGUAACCUUUGUGUCAAGACUGUGGGGUGGGAAUGUGUCAGACAGACACAUUACUCAGCACGAUGGAUUUCUUCCAAAACUGUCACCAGGUGAUGUUGUAAUGGCAGAUAAAGGUUUCACAAUAGAAGAUUUGUUACCAGCUGAUGUUGGAUUGAAUGUUCCACCACGAGUAUCAAGUACAUGCCAGAUGUCAAAACAUGAUUUCUUUAAAACAAAUAGAAUAGCUUCAGCCAGAAUAGUAGUUGAAAUGAAGAUGGAACAGAUCAAAAACUACAAUAUUGUGAACUCAGUUUUACCAAUUUCAGAAGUGCACUUAUCAGAACAAAUUAUAGUUAUCUGUACAUCUUUAACUAACUUAUUGCCUCCACUUCUGAAGUGA